GUAUGGGGUAUUCUGGGUAAGGAGGAAAGGGCGAAUGCCUUGCCGAGACCUGGGUACCGCGCUCGCGAAGGUUGAGCUGCGCUUGAGGAACCCGGAUCCAGCAAAAAACGACAAGAUAUCACAAUGGCCGACACCGCUGCGCACAAUGACGGAGGUAAGGGCAUUCCUAGGCAUAGUCGGCUUUUGGAGGAUCUUCAUUAAAAACUUUGUCAAGAUUGCUGAGCCUAUCCGGGCUAUGAUCAGGGAAGAAGGAACCAUAGAUUGGAUGGAGGAGCGAGAAGGAGUUGUCCAAAGGCUCAAGGACAUAUUGACAUCUAAAACAUUCGCGCCUUGUUUUAAUGACGAAGUGGGACGACCCUUCAUCCUAGAGACGGAUGGAGGACCUUUGGCCGUAGGAGGUGUGUUGAUUCAAAGGGAUGAGGGAGGAAAAGAGAGGCCAAUUAGGUUCGAAAGUAGAACCCUGAACUCCGCAGAACGACGAUAUUCGCAAUUUAAGAAGGAAGUCCUAGCCAUCCUGCAUUGCCUUAAGACCUUCCAGGCCUACCUAUUUGGGAGGCGGUUCAUCUUAAGGAUCGAUCUGACGAAUGUCGCAGGGGCUCUAAAGAAUUACAGGUCUAUAGAUCCGACGGUACGGAAGCGGGUAGGAUUCAUCUGGCAGCUCGAUUACAAGAUCGAACGGAUUGCUGGAAUCCGCAACAAGGCAGAUGGGCUGAGUCGGGUUUGCAUCACUCUCGAAGGGAUGGAGGAUGCAGAGCCUAUAGACGCAUUCAUCGAAUACGAAGGAGGGACUCUCGCGGUGGAUAACGAAAUGAUGAGCGGGGAAUGCACAUCGGGAGAACUAUUGAUCCAGACUUUGGAGAAGAGGGCACCUGCCGUAGUAGCAAAACUUAGAGAAGGACGAGUUACCACUCGAGGACGCAGAGAAGAAAAGGACUCAUGGGAAGCGAUAGUAGGACCGAAAGAGGAACUAAUAGCAAUGGCAGUCGAGGGAGGCCGGGAAGCAGUGAUGAGCUUAGUGGAAUCUUGGGAAAGGAAAGAGUUGCAAUGGCUGGUAAACCAGAUCCAGGAAGGAAAGGAUGGGGGCAAGGAAGGAGAGGAGUUUUUCUAUGUCCAAWCAUAYGAAGGGCUCUUUCRGGAGAUCGGGCUGUUAUWRGUAGGAAACAAACAACCURCGGAAGUSAGUAUURAAGCAAGAGAAGAAGCSGAAAGGUACGUCCUAARGGGCGGRCAUUUGUUCCRAARGGAGGAAGGUGCUAUGCCCAGAAGGGUUGUGUGCGGAAGGUCUAGGCAAGUAGACGUUAUCCAGGCAAUGCACGAUGGGUUGGCUGGAGGUCAUCGGUCGUCCAAAGGAACGCUUGCAAAAGUGACGCCACUCUAUUACUGGCCAGGCAUGGCAGGCAUGGUCGCCAUAUACUGCCAGACUUGCCUUAUUUGCCAAGAACGAAGCUCGGUGCGGGUCUUCGAGCCGCUUAGACCAACACGGGUGCUAGGGCCGGGGCAUCUGGUCCACCUCGACCUUGCGGUCAUGCCUGUAUCAACGGAUGGGUACAGGUAUAUCCUAGAUGCGCAAGACAACCUGAGUGGGUUCGUGGAGGCAGUCGCCCUCAAGAAAAAGACAGGGAGGAGUGUGGCGGACUGGAUAGAAGACUUCUACUUGAGGCAUCCGUUCGUCAGGAGGUUUAUAGCAGACAAUGGGACGGAGUUUGUGAACCAAGAAGUAUUGGGGAUGCUUAAGAGACUCUGCGUACCGAUCAAACUCAUCGAGCCGUAUCACCCUGAGGCCAAUGCGCCUGUGGAAAGGGGGCAUCGAACCUUGAAGAACACGAUUGCAAAGCUCGCAGCGGACCAUCUGGGGAACUGGCCUAGACGCUACGUGACUUGUCGGCCUUUGGAUGCUUGUGCCCAGGGCCUCAACCGAAUGGGCCCUGGGCUCAACUGUACGACACAGCUGCUGCUUCUGGAAGGAGCCAAGAAGGCUCACCUUGCGGCCGGAAUUGAAGUCACGAACAUGAUUGGCCAGUGUCGUCAGGCACUUGACCAGUUCGCAAUCAAACAGUUAGAAACUGUAAUGGAAAUGACUAGGAAAGGUGAAGUAAAACUGGAAGUAACGGAGGCCACUAUUGAUGCCAACAUUCAGCAGUUGCGUGAGACUUUGGCUGCUGAAGAAAGAAAGAAAGAAGAGUUGGCCAGGAGAAGAGAACAAGAAAAGAGAAGGGAACAGAAGGCUAAAGAAAUUAGUCAGGACAACCAAGUCCUCUAUAUCUAUUCCCGCGCUCUGCCUGAGCCUAUUCGUGGACAGCUCGUGGCAGACUUGAAAUCCGGCAAGUAUAACUAUAGGCAGUUUCGCGAUCUGGCUCUCCAGAGAGAGCAAAUGACUUCACAAGUUAAGAACUCGUAUGCUUCUGUGGUGAAGUAUGGUGGAGGAGGAGGAGGAGCGAAUUUCGGUAAGCGGGUCCUGUGGCGUCAGAAGCGUCAGGACCAUAUGCUUGUUCUUUUUGACGACGAAACCGUGGAGAAGUUGCCACUAGAAGUCGAGGGGGCGGCAUGCAGCACGCACGAUAUACUUGAGGAUGACGAGGAGACCUUCGCAGAGGAUCCUUCUCUUGAUGACGAUCAAGAGCAAGGCUGUGAGGCAUCUUGCUCUUCGUCAACUCAUGAGUCUAAGUAUGUAAAUGAUGAAGAAUCCAUGGAUGCCUUCAAGAAGACUGCCUUUAAAAAUGCUCCCCCAGUUUCCUGUCCUCCUGAGGUACAACAGGUUGUUGAUCAGUAUGCUGAUCUGAUGCAGGAGCCCUUUGGACUACCCAACCGGCCAACCAAGCAUCACAUUGAGUUGCUGCCCGGAGCCGUCCCUCCUAAGGGACGAGUCUACAGGAUGUCCCCUGCUGAGCUCGAAGAGCUCAGAAAGCAGCUUGAGACCCCUACCAACAAGGGCUGGAUCAGGCCCAGCAUUUCUGAAUUCGGUGCACCUGUUCUCUUUGUACCCAAAGGGAAUGGCGAGUUCAGAAUGUGUAUUGACUACAGGGGUCUCAACAAGAUCACUAGGAAGAGUACAGAGCCACUUCCUAGGAUCGAUGACCUUCUGGAUAUGGUGCAGGACUGCACAGUAUUAAGCAAAGUCGAUCUCAAAUCUGGCUACCACCAGAUUGAGAUGGUAGAGGAGGAUGUCUACAAGACAGCCUUCAAGACCAGGUAUGGGACUUACGAGUUCCUGGUCAUGCCAUUUGGACUUUGCAAUGCCCCUGGGACCUUCCAGACAGAGAUGCACUGCAUCUUCAGGCCUUACCUGGACAAGUUUAUGGUUGUCUACCUGGAUGAUAUCCUGGUAUUCAGCAAAACUACCAGGGAGCAUGCAAAGCACUUGGCUUUGGUCCUUCGGUCAUUAUGCGACAGCCAGUACAAGAUCAACAGAGAGAAGUCCUCUUUUGGAGUUCCCGCUGUCAUCUACCUGGGUCACGUAAUCUCUGGAGACGGCCUGGCUCCUGAAGCAGCCAAGAUAGCUGCUAUUCAGGAGUGGCCUCAGCCACAGACAGUGAGGGAUAUCAGGUCCUUCAUGGGUUUGGCCUCAUACUACAGAAAGUUCGUCAGGAACUUUUCUGCAGUGGCUGCACCACUGACCAACCUAACAAAGAAAGACACUCAUUUUCUUUGGUCCCUUCAGGACGAUGGGAAUGGUCUACGACCUGUAGAGUUUAUGAGUAAGAAGAUCAAGACUCAAAAGCUCCAGGACUCCACCUACGAGAAAGAGUUGUAUGCUCUUGUCUGUGCCUUGAAACACUGGAAGCACUUUCUCCUGGGAAGGCACUUUCUCCUGGGAAGGCACUUCAAGAUCUUUUCUGAUCACUCCACCUUUCAGUGGAUGAAGUCCCAGGGAGAGUUAAAUGAUAAGUUGGCACGACACAUUCAGUUCAUAGACGUGUUUGACUUUGAACUGGAACAUAAGAAGGGCUGCUACAACAAGGUAGCAUAUGCCAUCUCUCGUAGGCCUGACUCUUUUGCAGUGAUCUCCUCUACUCACUCCUUUGGGGAGGAGACCCGUCAGACCAUCACUUAUCUGUUGUACACUUACAGCAGAGGUGAGGAGCACUUGUGGAUUCCACAGGACCAGCGGCUCAGGACACUGCUGAUGUCAGAGUGUCAUGACGCCCACGGACAUUUUGGGUUCCUAAAGUCAUAUGCAGCCCUGUCGCAGCGCUUCUUCUGGAAGGAGAUGCGGAGUAAUAUGCUGCGCUAUGUGGAAACCUGCGAGCUCUGCCAAAGGAAUAAGGUCCAGCGUAGGCCUCCUUUGGGACUGCUCAAAUCCUUACCCAUACCUGAUGGCCCUACUCAAUCUGUGUUGAUAGACUUCACAGAUUUAGGCAAGACCACCCCUCGUGGCAUGCGUCAGGUUAUGGUCUGCGUGGACAGGUUCUCCAAAUACGCAGAGUUCAUCACCUUGCCAAAAGUGCCCAGAGUCCCGGCUGUGAGAGCAGCCUUUUCAGAGAGGUGGGUCACACACCAUGGACCGCCCACUUCUAUAGUCAGUGAUCGAGAUCCUCGAUUUUGCAGCGAUGAGUGGCAGUCCUACUGUAAGGACUAUCUACACUCACGACUGGACAUGACUUCUGGUCAUCAUCUUGAAGCCAAUGGUUUGGCUGAAGUGAUGAACCAAGUCUUAUUCCAGCUGCUGCGUCAUGUUAUCUCUCCAGAUCAGCAGGACUGGGAUCUUCACUUAGCUCGAGCACACCUUAUGUACAACAUGUCUGUCCACUCCUUGACUAGGUUCAGUCCAUACCGGUUGCACUGGGGACGUGAACCACGACAGCCUCUCGAUGACAUCAUCGAUAAGGCCAAGUCUGAUCUGACUCCAGGCACUGCAGAGUUCACCAGACGCUACCGCAUAGAUAUGGAAAGAGCACAGGCGAACUUGCUCAAAGCCCAAAAGGCGAUGAUUGAACAAGCGAAUCGCCGCAGACGGCCUUCCCCCAUCCGCACUGGUGAUCAUGUUUGGGUAGCCAGUUUAGAGUUGUCGAGGGAGGAGGAUAUCUCCCCCAAGUUGUUGCCACGUUACCUGGGUCCAUGGCAGGUCCUAGAUACAGUGGGCGCUGAUCCAUUUGGUCCGUCUUAUUUCAUUGACGUCCCCCUGCAUCUACGAACCUACCCGGUCUUUCAUGCAUCCAAGCUGUUACCAUUUACUCCAGCUGAUGCAUUUCCAGACCGGCCCCCUCAAUCCGGUCCACCGAUCCCUGGUAAGGGAUAUGACGUGGAGUGGAUUGAGGAUGAGGGGGGCACAGGCCCCGACCGACAGUAUCUUGUGAGGUUCGCAUUUCAGCCUCCUUCUGAGAGCAGAUGGUUCUACGGAAGGGAACUUCUCAAGACAGCAAAACUCUUCUACUCGAUUCGGCAGCUUCACCUCAAGUCGGGAUAUCACCAACUCGAGAUUCGGCAGGAGGACCGCUACAAGACCGCGUUUAAGACGCGAUAUGGGCAUUUCGAAUGGUUGGUUAUGCCAUUUGGCCUUACGAAUGCCCCAGCCACUUUCCAAGCGGCUAUGACAACGGAGUUCCGACACAUGCUGGAUCGAUUCGUACUUAUCUACCUCGACGACAUCCUAGUGUACAGCCGGAGUUUGGACGAGCAUGUGGAACACUUGCGCACCCUUUUGGAGCGGCUACGACAAGCCAAGUACAAAGCCAACCGCGACAAAUGCGAAUUCGCGCGGCAGGAGCUGGAGUACUUGGGACAUUAUGUGACGCCGCAAGGCAUCCGUCCACUUGCGGACAAGAUCAAGGCCGUCCGCGUAUGGCCCGAGCCCACCAACACCACGGACGUUCGUUCAUUCAUGGGGUUGGCGGGUUACUAUCAGCGAUUCAUCAUCGGGUACUCAACGAUUGCCGCACCUAUGACGAGAUUACAAUCGCCAAAGGUGCCAUUAGUAUUCGAUGACGACGCACGCCAGUCAUUCCAAGCACUUAAGACGGCCAUGCUCAUGGCACCCGUCCUUAGCAUCUAUGACAUCACCCUGCCUAUGAGAGUGACAACUGACGCUUCCGGCUAUGGCAUUGGGGCAGAGUCUGGCACGAAGAUGAAACCAAGUUUGGCUCGGCAUCCACAAACGGACGGGCAAACGGAGCGGGCACAUCAAACCGCUCAAAUGAUGCUUUGUACGCUCAUCCGUCCGGACAAGAAAGAUUGGGUUGACCGCCUCCCCGACAUCGAGUUCGCCUACAACACUUCGGUGCACCCGGCGAUCGGCGUGACUCCAUUCGAGUUGCACCACGGUGGACGGAAAGGCCGUAUCUUCGCCGACCUUCUCCUCCCACGAUCUGCCGACAUCGACGUCGCUUGCUCUCCCGCUUCCGUUCGGAAGUACAGGGAAUUGCUGGCUCAAGCCCGCGCGAACAUGCAAAAGGCUCAAGUCCGCAUGCAGCAGCAAGCCAACAGGCGUCGCGUGCCAUGUCCCAUCCGCGCCGGUGAUCUGGUUUGGGUCUCCGCGGAAGAGUUUGCACUGGAACAGGGUGUUUCACGCAAACUGCUUCCCAAGUGGUUUGGACCAUGGCCCGUAACAUCAGCCGCGGGCGAUGAGCCCGAUGGCCCUUCAUUUGUGAUCAACAUCCCCCCGCAUCUGAUGGUCCAUCCAGUCUUUCACGCAUCGAAGCUGGCAACAUCUACACCAGCUAAGAGCGACGACUUCCCGGGCCGACGAUCGCAGGACCCUCCAUCUAUGGAUGGUCAUCAGGAAGUUGAACGCGAGUGCUGUCGGCGGAGCUGGAGGACUGCAAAGGAGCGUUGGACAAGGAGGAGGGCAGCCAUAGCCAAGGCAGGGAGCACUCUGCUCCCCUCCCCUCUGGCUGGUGCUGGUCCCACGGGACGGACCCAGGGAAGCUGCAGGGCUACGGCAGUGCGGCAAAGUGGAAUUUGGGCUUGGGGCCCAAAUUUUACUAGUUUUGGCCUGCCGUUUUGCCACUACGGUGGGGAAGUGUUGCCAAAAUUUUACUGCGGCGGCACCGAGUUUUACGACGGUGAUACGGAAGUGCUGUCGAAUUUCUGCGGCGGCGGCAGUGAGUUUUACGGCGGUGAUACGAAAGUGUUGUCGAAUUUCUGCGGCGGCGGCACUGAGUUUUACUACAGUGAUACGAAAGUGCUGUUGAAUUUCUGCGGCGGCGACACUGAGUUUACGACGUUGAUACGAAAGUGCUGUCGAAUUUAUGCGGUGACGACACCGAGUUUGACGACGGUGGAAUACGGUCAUGACUUCCGCGCUUGGGCGGUCACCCAAAGAUUGGAUGACUUCAUCAAGUUGGUGGAGGAAAAGUGGCAUAAUCCGCAGGAGGCCCAAAAGGUCACCGGCGGGUUGCUGAACCUGAGCUCAAGGAAGUUCAGAGGGGGCAAGAAACAAGGGAUCAGAGGGUCGUCACCACUGAAGGAAGGGGAGCCAAUAGAGCUGCCUUCAGACAGCGAUCCUAGCAGCAACGAAAAGGGGAACCCAGAGGAGGGACAACGGCCGGGGGAGAAUGAGCCCGUUGAGUUCAUUGACCUCACCAGCGACGAAGAGGAAGAUGAGCGAACGCACAUCACAAUGUCUCAAUCCUCUGAGUCUCAGACUGUUGGGGAGCUACCUGUUCCCCGAACCAGGCAACAGAUAACCGAGCGGAAAACAGUAUUAACCGCCCGCUUGGGCAACCUGAUUUCUGAACUUCAUGAUUCUGGUGCUGAGGCAGAAGCUCACGUCCGGAGUCAGUUUGACUUGGAAGCAGCACAUGCUGCUCUCGAGGCAGCUGAGACGAGCACUGAUGUCCUCCAAGUUCAGGAGGUAUUUAUCAAGUGUCAUAAGACGCUUGAUAAGUAUGUCAUGGAUCAGUUUAAUGAGAUUGCUAAUGGAAGCGGAAAGAAAGAAGUGCCUGUGACUGAGGAAACCAUGGAUGAGAAUAUCCGUGCAGGCAAGCGAGUACUCUGGCGCCAAAAGCGUCAGGAUCACACCCUCGUCGUCUUUGACGACGAAACUGUGGAGAGGUGGCCAUUAGAGGCUGAAGGUGUGACGAGCAGCAGUGAGUCCGAAAAGGGGGACGUCACUGCUGCCGUGGUCAAUAAGGGAGGACCACAACCGCCAGGAAAAAGGAGGAGACCGCGCUCGUUCCCGGAGCAUCCCUGUAUUGCGGACGUGCCACGUCAGCAGUGCCCCGCCACCAUGACGGUCUCAGUUCUGGGCAUGCCAGGCCAAUUGGCCAAUGAGUCCAUCGUCGAGUACCGACAGCCGUUCCUGGCUCAGAUCGCACUGGGUGAGGCUGAGGAACAACGUCAGGCGGCAGCCGAGGCUGCCCGCCUACAGGCUGAAGCGGCGGCUGCAGCUGAAAAGCAGCAACUUCAGGCCGAAGCAGAUGCAGAUACCCAGGCACGCCGCAAGGAGGCCCAGGAUCUGCUACAACGGCACGGAGCUGCGAGCAUCGAAAAGCUCAAGUUCUGGCAUUUUGAACCAUCCGAGCACCACGAAGACUCGACACUGGAAGAGCAGCAUAAGGAUUUUCUUGCCAAACUCGUGACCCGGUUGGUUUACACUUGUAACCACCUGCAGUCCGAGCUGGCGAAUCUCCAACGGGCGGCGCGAAACCACAAGGAUUUGCACGGGGAUGCUACACGGGCACUUGAUUCCCGUGUACAGGACUUGGAGCAAGUUGCACCAAGACCAGAUGCUGGCGAGUCCAACAGUGCACCCUCUACCCGCCAAUUGGAGGAACGAGUUGACCACGUAGUCGCAAUGCUCGGUGACAUCAGCACCUUCGCUGCACCAGCCACCAUCAGCAAGCAGCUGGACACCUUGAAGACCGAGGUUCAGCAACUGCACCAGCUGCCCAACAAGGAUGGCAACACCAGUGCGCAGCAAGCACUACAAGAUGUCGACGUUCCGCAUCGAAAAAUCUGGCUCAGCCACUUGGCAACCAUCCACGAUGUCCAAGUCGCUGAUCUACAUAAGAAGAUCUCUUGGGACGAGUUGACGAAGCUAUGGAAAAAGGGGUUCAUUGUGGACGACGCCCCAGCGCUUGCCAUCAACCGCCUCUUCAGCAUGACUCAAGGCAACACACCAACACGUGACUGGCUCACGGAAUGGCAAAAGAUCGUGGCAACGCCCGAUGUUGAGUUGCCAUUUUCGCAUCUGCGCCGAGAGUUCUACAACCGGUCAUGUGCCGCCUUGAGCCUCGCACUUGGUGAUCGCGAGCAAUACACGACCUUCGCCGAAAUCAUCGAGAAGGCAAGGGAGAUCAUCAAGACCAACAGGGUAGUUGCACACGAGAAGUCAGCAUGGCAGACAACCUAUGUGGAGAAAGGAAAAUUUGGUCCGCAUCCGCAGCAUGUCGCUGCAGUCCAACCGGACAACAUUGUGGAAGACCCGACAACCACCCAAGCAUCACGUGAGGGAGAUCAUGUGGCCGCUGUCCAGCCGCGAAACAACAACAACUCCCGAGGAAAAGGGAAGGCGAAAACCGCAUCGCCGGUCGGAAACGGACAACCAGCACCAUACAAGUGGCGCAGCCGGUAUGGCUGCUGCUAUUGGUGCAACAGCACCAAGCACAAGACCUCCCUAUGCCCGGAUCAAGGCAAGGAGGAUGUUCGGCCUCGCAUCAACUCGAGAAACCGAGUUGCGCGGGAGACUUCCAAUGGAUGCCCCUUCCCCCGUCCGGUCGAUUGCCGAAACUGCAUUGCAACGUGCUCAUGGCACAAUGCAGUACCAGCUCCGUUGAUGGACGCCGGAGUAGAGGUUGUCGACCUUCACGACUACGUUGUGAAGAUUGACCGCGAGUUCAAGACGCAACGGUACGCGCCAUUGUUAUACAUACGCAUUCAAAUCGGAGAGGCGACCUGCAACGCUUUGAUCGAUUGCGGAGCUACUCGCAACUACAUGAGCCAAGACUUUAUGGUACGCGUUGGCCUUGGGCCACGCGUUCAGAGGAAGUCACAACGCACGCAAGUCACGUUGGUCGAUGGUCACACGCACAAGUCAAUCGACCGGUGCAUUGAUGCUGUCCCCGUGUACUUUGCCCCGCAUGCAAGCGAGGCCGUGUCCUUCGAUAUUUUGGACACCAAGUUCGACAUGAUCUUGGGCAUGUCAUGGCUGCGAAGCGAGGAUCACCAGGUGAAAUUCUACCGCUGCACCGUUCACGUUCGUGAUCGGAACGGAGUACUAGUCCCAUGCACGGUGCCUCCUCCUCACCCUUCGAUCAGCUGCCACGUGGUGUCCGUCGCAAGCAUUCGAGGUUCCAUCACGAGGGAUGGCAUCGAGGAGAUGGGGGUGUGUUUUCUCGACACCCUCCCUUCCCAUGACAUUCCAUCAACGGACUCAUCACCGGACCCACGCAUCACCGAUCUUCUCGAUGCCUACGGCGAUGUGUUCGAAGCCCCACACGGAGUAGUACCGGAUUGGCCCAUCCGCCACGAGAUCAUCCUCGAGGCCGGGGUCGUACCUCCGCGUGGUUGCAUCUCCCACAUGAGCGAGGAAGAGUUAACCAGAGUUUGGACGAGCAUGUGGAGCAUUUGCGCAUCGUUUUGGAGCGGCUAUGACAAGCCAAGUACAAAGACAACCACGACAAAUGAGUAUUUGGGACAUUAUGUGACGUCGCAAGGCAUCCGUCCGCUUGCGGACAAGAUCGAGGCCAUCCGCGUAUGGCCUGAGCCCAACAACACCACAAACGUUCGCUCAUUCAUGGGGUUGGCAGGCUACUAUCAACACUUCAUCACCGGGUACUCAAGGUUUGCCGCACCUAUGACGAGAUCACCUAUGACGAGAUUACAAUCACCAAAGGUGCCAUUCGUAUUCGAUGACGACGCACGUCGGUCAUUCCAAGCACUCAAGACGGCCAUGCUCAUGGCUCCCGUCCUUAGCAUCUAUGACCCCACCCUGCCAACGAGAGUGACAACUGACGCUUUCGGCUAUGGCAUUGGGGCAGUCUUGGAGCAACACGACGGCGACGACUGGCACGCCGUGGAGUAUUUUAGCCACAAAGUGCCUCACAUCAGUUCACUUGAUGAUGCAAGGAAGAAGGAGCUGCUCGCGUUCGUGAUGGCUCUCGAGCGAUGGCGGCACUUCCUCCUUGGGCGUCGUAGGUUCACAUGGGUCACGGACAACAACCCGUUGACCUACUACAAGACGUAGGAUACGAUGAGCAGCACGAUCGGACGAUGGAUGUACUUCAUCGACCAAUUUGACUUAACACCGAAACG